AUUUCAGUGGCGUUUCAGCAUUCGGCUAACAGCGACGCUUUUCAAGUUUUUGGAGGUAUCCCCCAUACGGUUUGGCGCUGCACCGCACCACUCCCUCCAUCUUCCUGUGAAAUGGCCUUCGAGGUGCUGUUGGCCCUUGGGGCGCUCAUCGGUUUCUUGCUGUACAAAUGGGCCGAGCCGCCGGUCAGAUUCUUUUUGAAGCGGGGCGUGGUCCAUGAGGCGCCCGUUCCAUUGUUGGGAAAUAUUCCGCUGGCAGUGCUGAUGGGCAAAGCCUCCUACCUGAAGCACAGCAUCGCGGUGCACAUGCGUCUGAAGCAGCACAAGGUCUACGGCGUCUUCAACCUGCGCGACCCGCUGUUCUUUCUCUCCGAUCCGGAACUCAUCCGGCAGGUGGGCAUCAAGAGCUUCGACAACUUCACCAACCAUCGAAAGGGCCUCGGCGACGCGGGCGGCGGUGCCAACAACAGCGUGCUGUCCAAGAGCCUGCUCUCCCUGCGCGAUCGACGCUGGAAGCAGAUGAGGAGCACAUUGACUCCGACCUUCACCAGCCUCAAGAUUCGUCUAAUGUUUGACCUGAUUCAGGCCUGUAACGUGGAGGCGGUGGCCUACAUAGAACGACGGCUGGCAGAGGAUGGAGCCACAGAGCUGGAGCUAAAGGAUUUCUUCACACGCUACACGAACGACGUGAUUGCCACUGCUGCGUUUGGCAUCCAGGUGAACUCCUUCAAGGACCCCAACAACGAGUUCUUCUCCAUUGGGCAGCGGAUCUCGGAUUUUAGUCUCUGGGCUGUCCUCAAGGUGAUGCUCUACAUCCUGCUCCCCAAAUUGAUGAAGGCCCUUCGGGUACCCGUGAUGGACAUGAACAAUGUGGACUACUUCAAGAAGCUGGUCUUUGGUGCUAUACAGUACCGUAAGGAGCACAACAUCAUACGCCCCGACAUGAUUCAGCAGCUGAUGGAGGCGCAGCGUCUGUUUAGAGCGGAACAGGAGGCAUCGCGGGAGACGACCACGCAGGAGGAUCGUGCCGAGUUCAAUGAUGAGGAUCUGCUGGCCCAGUGCCUGCUCUUCUUCUCCGCUGGUUUCGACACGGUGGCCACUUGCCUGAGCUUCACCAGCCACGAGCUGUUGAUGAAUCCCGAGGCGCAGGGCAAGCUGUAUGAGGAGAUCAUGGCAACGGAGGAGCAGCUGGGGGGCAAGCCCCUGGACUACGACACUCUCAUGGGCAUGAAGUACAUGGACUGUGUGGUCUCUGAGUCCCUGAGGAUGUGGCCACCGGCAUUCGUCCUAGAUCGCAUGUGCGGCUCGGACUUCGAGCUACGCGACGAGGAGGGAAAAGUCGUGCUGACCCUCAAGAAGGACGAUCUCAUCAACAUUCCCGUCAUUGCCCUGCACCACGACCCGGACAACUUCCCUCAACCCGACGAAUUCCGGCCGGAGCGCUUUGACGAUGACCACAAGCACGAGAUCAAGCCGUUCACCUACCUGCCCUUCGGCAUCGGCCAGCGCAGCUGCAUCGGCAAUCGCAUGGCCCUGAUGGAGGUCAAGGCCCUGCUAUAUGGCCUGGUCCGUCGCUUCCGACUGGAGCCAGCUGAACGCACCACGACGGACAUGAUGGGGAAUAUUGCCGGCUUCCGCAUGAUGCCCCGGGAAUUGUUUUGGUGCAAGCUCGUGGCCAGGGUGGAUGGAGAGGCGAAAGUCCAGGAGUAGUAAUUAAUGAAUGGCCCCAAAUGGGCAUGCGAGGGGGCUCACUGCCCUUUUUGACUUAUAAAUAAUAAUAAAAUUGAAAAACACCAAAAAACGAA